AUGCUACAGCAUAAUCUAGCGGCAUUACAAGCACAGCUGGCGAUUCUACAACAGGAAAAUAGUGUACUGACUCGUGACUUGUGUCUAAAGGAAAACUACAUUCAGCUAAAGGAUCAACAAUUUCGUAUGAUGCAACGACGAUUAGAAGAGUUGGAAGGAAUUGUGGCUCAGUGGAAAGACCGUUGGUUGCAACAGGUAACCGUUAAUCAAGUUAAGAAGAAUAGCGAUGAAGGAAGCAAUAAGGAGAAGUCUGGACGAGAAGGAGGACAGAUUAACAAGGUAGAGGAUGCUCAAUGGACACCCUAUAUAUGCAAACCUAAAACUACCAGUCGAGCCAAAGCUCUUGCUCAAGCCAAUACUAUGCUGGAGACAUUUUUUGAGGCAGAUAGAAAUAAACUGCAGUCGCUGCUUGCUGUGGUUAAACAGAGAAAUUGUGAGAAUGUGGAUGAUCUUGUGUUCACUGACGUCUCCGAAGAGCUUAGCCACAUCUUGCGGCUGUAUGUGCUGCCGGCACUGUUGAACGCCGUUGAUGACUCGAAGCAGCUGCAGCUCUUCAGCCGAACAUAUCAAAAGCAGACGAUGGACUUUAAAGUGUCUACAACGCAUGCACAUGGCGUCACCAAUAGAACACAAUCGGCACCAGAGACGGAGGAGGUUAAUGCACCGCAUUUAUUCGACAGCGUGGAGCUAGAUCGGCGUGGCGCUGCUCGCGCUCCCGUCCCUCAUGGCCCUCGCGAACUGCAUGCGACCAAGGCCAUGUUCGUCUCGCGGCCUCUUAGUGGUCCAGCAGCAGCACGAGCCGCUAUACCUUCAGUGGAUAGAUUGGCUGAGAAGUUGCUGGACACACCAUCACGACGCUACACGAUGACUCCUAAUCGCACAGGCUCAAUGUUCGCGAUGGAGACGACACGCACAUACACAAUGACCAUGAGCGCGCUGCUCUCACCAGCACAGUCUCCAUCCUCAAUGGAUGUGUUUUCUUUGGGCUCCGACGGUGACGUGAUACCGAUGCCUCCGCGCGAAAAAGAAGGGAAGGAUGGCAAGAUCAAGAAAAUCGUGGGAAGUGUGAUUGACCGCUUAAGUCGCCACAAGUCACAGCAGUCACUCACUGCUAGCUCUCCAUCGCAUGCGUCGCCAGUACCAUUUGGGGGGCCACUCUCAGGUAUUAAGUGGGUUUGCCGCACGUGCCGUUUACUUGCAGACGAAGAGUACGAUUUGUGCGAAAAAUGCUAUGGUCAAGGAAUUCACGGAAAGGAACACGAAAGCGCGUUGUUCGUUCGUGUCGAGACCAUUGUCGUGCGCAAGUGUCCCCACCUGGCAACUGAGACGGAGCUGUUACAUUUGCUUCGGGUCGGCAUUUGCAAAGCUAACGUCAAGAAGUUCAGUUUCUGUCUUACAUGGAUCGCGGACUUGCUGCAAUGUAAACGGACGACUGAUUUACGUGCUCGAGCAUUAGAGAUUGCAAAUAUUACCCCAGCUGUCCGUAGCGAGUUUGCUCGACUGCUUCGCGAGCUUUUGAUACGACAUAGACCCGAUAUCGACCUUAAAAUAAAAUGGGAACCAGCGGCUGGUGCUCAACACAGAACUCUCGGUCCUGGAGGUCCCGCGAAAUGUGACGAAGGCGCGCCGGAAGAGCUGGAUACGCUAAGAAUCUGGGUCAAAGAUGCAUCGCUAGCUGCUACAUCAUCGACAGAGACUACAAGCAUGGAAACAACAUUGGUAUGCUAG